GUUGAUAUGACCAAAGUGCGUUUAGAGGUGAUCAAACCUUGGGUCACAGAAAAAAUUACAGCCAUAUUAGGCAUAGAAGAUGAUGUUGUAAUAGAAUAUGUCUUCAAUCAGUUGGAAGCAGAGAAGCAAGUAAUGCCAAAGGGGUGUUGGUCCAUGGUGAUGGAGGCGCCCCACCCAGCGACCUGCUCCAGGCUACCUGUAGGGUAGUAUCUCCGUCUACACCUGACUGGCCCAUCACAAGGGGCUGGUCUUCUCUCCCUGUCUGGGUUCUUUCUCCCUGGGAGUGUAAGGCACCUCUGCCUUGACACCCAGUGAGGGAAGGAUCUCCAGCAUCAUUGGAUAGCACCUUUUACUCAGGCACGUGUCCUGGGAAACUGGGCCAAGGCCUGGUAUAACAUCGAGGGACAACAGCCUGGGCAUUAAGCCUGGGAUAACUGGGCCAAAUCAUCAUCUCUACAGAUCUUCAGUUACCUGGAUUGCUCUGGGCAUCAAAGCCUGGAGCAGUCUGGGUAUUUCACCAUUCAUCCUGUGGUACUGGCCUGGAGAUUGCUGGGCCUCUUGCCUGGGUCUAAUGACCUGGGGCAACUUCCUUGGCAAUCCAUCCCAUUACCAGGGAUCUGAAAUCUCGGGUAAUGUCAACAGUCUUCGUGGGACCCCGGCCUGGACCCUUCCAGGCUUCAUCCACAGUGCAGAUGAUAACUACUGUAGAAGUCUCAGGCUCAUGUGGGCUGGGCCUUCAUCAUCAUCAUCAGAGGUCCAGGACUCUUUGGUUUGGAUAUACCACCAUUCCAGGGAACUCCAUGCAGAACCAAGUUGGUGAAUCACAAGAAUAAGAAUAAUGUGAGGCUUUUCCAAGAGCUUCCUCAGCAGUCCUCACCUUCCCCACAAAUGGCUCUUAAUGCCAUAACAUUUUUAAGAAUCCAGAUCCCAGGAAGAUGCAGAUUAUGUUGACAGGCUUCUUGAACGGUAAAAAUGCUCGUAUAUUCAUGGGGGAGUUGUGGGACCUCUUGGUGUCUGCUCAGGCCAGUCCAUCAGGCAUACCGAAGCAGUUCCUUGACCAGAAAAAAGAAGAACUUAAGAAGAAAAUGGAAGAAGAAGAAAGAUUGCAAAAGAUUCAAGAAGCUCGACGAGAACGAGAUAAGGACAAAGAAAAAGAGAAGGAACGGGAUCGUGAUAAAGACCGGGAUCGCGAUAAGGACCGGGAGAAGGACCGCAGGGACAGGAGAAGUCGUAGCAGAGACAGAUCUUCCCGAGGUUCACGCAGAGACAGGUCUCGCACGCCUCGUUCCAAAGACGACAAGAAGGACUCCAAAAAAGACUCGUCUCGGUGGGACAAAAAGGAUGAUACCAGUAAAAUAAAAGAAGAAAAGAAAGAAGCUAAUGGUGAAGUGCCGUCUAAAGAGAAAUCCGGAGCUGUCAAGUCACCCAAGCACGACGGCACUUCACCCAAACAUGAAGUGUUGGUCAAGCAAGAAAAGCCAGAAGUUGCACCCAAGAAGGAACGCAAUGAUAGAGGGGACAGGGGACAUUCCCGAGACAGAAAAGGCAAACGAACAGACAGAUCUCCGAGGAAGGAAGACGAUAGAAGACGCAGGAAUUCUCCUCGAAAACGGUCCUUAAGCCCCCGAAAGCAUUCCCCGGGUCUUCGGAAGCGAUCGCCCAGUAUUCGAAAGCGAUCCACCACUCCCCAUAAGCGGUCUGGCAGUCCACGUAAACGAUCGCCCAGCAUUCGUAAACGGUCGCCAAGUCCUCGCAAAAGGUCUCCCAGUAUACGCAAGCGAUCGGUCAGUCCUCGUAAGCAUUCUCCUGGCCCUCGUAAACGUUCAGCAAGUCCUUCAAAGAGAUUGGGAAGUCCUCGAAAACGAUCCUCCUCCCCAAGACCUAAAAUUCGUAGACGCGUGUCAAGAUCUCCCAGUUCUAAUUCUGAGUCUUCCAGUGGUUCAAGGUCACGGAGCCGAUCGGCCCCAAGAAAUAAGGAAGACGACUUUGAGAUACAUCGUAAAGAAGAUUCUGUGUUGAAGAAGAGACAAUAUAGGUCUAAUAGAGACCCAUCCAGUUCAGAGGAGGAGGGCCCAUCCCGUAACUUCAGCGGUGACCACAGAGGAGGUGGGAGCUCACCUCGUCGCAAUGCUCCACAUCCUAACAGGCGAUCUCUCUCCCCGAGACGGGGAAGGAGGUCGCCCUCGCCACGGUAUCGCCGAAGGUCUAUCAGUCCUCGUCGUCACACCCCGAGCCCAAGGUUUCAUAGAAGAUCUCCAAGUCUACGGGGUAGGAGGUCUAUCAGUCCUAAGGGAAGCCCUCGGAUGCGCAGAUCUCCCAGUCCAAGAGGUAGAAUGUCACCGCUCAUGAGGAGAGGCAGAUCGCCCAGUCCACGAGGCAGGCGCACGCUCAGUCCAAGGGGUCGCAGGUCUCCAAGUCCCAGGAGUCGUAGAUCACCCAGCCCGAGAGGGAGAAGAUCAGUUAGUCCAAGAGGGCGUAGGUCACCCAGUCCAAGAAUAAGAAGAUCUUCGAGUCCUCGCAGGAGACCCCUAACGCCCCCUCAAAGAUAUCGCCGCUCUUCCUCACAUUCACCAGCUCGUAAAAAAAACACAAGUUCUUCAAGGUCACCCAGACGAUCUAGUGGGCCAACUCUCCCUCCAAGUGCUGACAAGAAACACAACAUAAGCAAUGCCAGUCGUCUGAUGCAACUAGCGAACUACUCUGCUGAUACCAUUAAAGAAGUUCAAUACAAACUAACAAAGAAAAAUGAAAAUAAUCAUCCUGCCUCUGCCAGUGAGGAUUCUGAUACAGAUGAUGCCAGAACAGCACGUAGAGUCCCGAAGAGAAGAUCGCGGUCCGUGACAGCGUCUGCAUCACCAAGACAGAGGAGGCGAUUGGACUCUGGUUCGGCCGAUGGCUCUCUGGACGACGAGGACGACGACGGCUCGUCCAGCAGAGAUUCCUCUCCAGUGGAAAAGAAAAAGAAGAAGAAGAAGAAGAAGCAUAAGAAGAGGGACAGCAGCACUGACUCAGAGGUAUCAGAAGCAGAGGAGAAGAAAAAGAAGAAAAAGGACAAGAAGAAAAAACACAAGAAACAAAAGAAGCACAAGAAGCACAAGAAACACAGGCAUGAGGAGUCAGAGAGUGAGUCAGGAGAGAGUCUGGGAGCGGAAGAGCUAGAGCGCAAGCUACGAGAGAAGGCCCUCCUCUCUAUGAAACGCCAAGAGCGAUCAUCUGCAGCCUCUGAAUCGGAGUAGAUGCAAAUAUUGUGUAUGCCAAGUUUGAGAAGCUUACACAAUUGUGCUUGUAGGUGAAUGUUAAGCGAGACACCACUCCAGUGUUGGGUUUAAUGCCUUAAUUGUGGCGAGGGUAUUUACAUGACCUCAUAUGGUUGUUGAUUGAUGAGUGCCAUGUAGAAAUUACUCCUCUCCACACCAUGUCUAAUACCAUGGUGCAUGCUAUUAUUUUUUUUUUUUAUGUACGUAAAUGUGGAAGAUAGUGAGCUCCAUUGUGCAAGUUAAGUGAAAGAACUUGGGUACAGUAUAUAUAAUAACAAUGUGUAAUAUAGCAUAGAUGUUUCUCGUUGCAAAAUGGAGAAGCUACAUGAAAGUGAGGAGGCAGAGUAUGUGAAGAGGAUAUUCAUCUAUUUUCCUUGUUCCUCCUCAUUGGUUUUGGUUAAAAAUACACACAACAGGAAAUCAGUCAAAAAUAAAUACACCAAAUACAUGUAACAAUGUCUCUUUGUGUGAGCAAGUUACUUUAUUUACACCAGAAAAAAUUUAAUGUUUCUAUGUCAGGUACUUAAGAGACAAAGCAAGUACAGUAAAUCUCUAAAUUUACAUCAGUUUGUAUUGAAUGGGAAUUAAUAUCACUUCCUGACGUAAGGUUAUAUUUAUGAAAUUUUGCGAGGGUAAAUAAUAAUUGAGGCACUGUAUGUCAACCUGAUUAUAUUUUAUAGUAUAUUAAUUUCCCUAAUUUUAUGUUUAUAACAAUCUAAGGAACAGUCCUGUAGCUUGUUUUUUCAAAUUAUUUUUUUAAUUAUGUAUAUUUCUUUGUUAACAGCAAUGUUUUGCAUUUGGUUUAUUACAAAAUAGUCAAGUAUGUUGAUAUCAUUACAAAGCACACUAUUUUCAGUACAUUAUUUCUUUAAACCUGAACUUUUUUUAUGAAAUGGCAGUGUGUGAUAUGCCAUAUAUAUAUUUCUUAACUGGAAGUGUUAGUUUCUGAUUAAGAGAUUGUAAUUAUGUGAAUUAGUGAUUAAUUGUAAACUGUUAAUAAAGAUUUUGUACAAAAAUG